UGAAGCUCGAGCCGUCCGGGCUUGCACCUUACUUUUCUCACGCGGAGCUCUGGAAAUCAUGCUGGCAAAGUGCAAAAACAUCCGGGAUGCUGUGAAGUCUCUUGUAGCCGGUUUCUGGAUCACUUUUAGCGUGUGUUCCGUCGGUGUUCACGGCCAGGAGGGUGAUGGCUGUGGACAUACACUGCUGGGCACAGAGUCGGGCACAUUGGCCUCUCAGAACUAUCCAGGCACCUACCCCAGCAACGCCUGGUGUAAGUGGAGGCUUCGAGUGUCAGAGGGGCAAACGUUGCGACUGCUGUUUGGGGAUUUUGACGUUGAGAGCAGUCCGGACUGCGGGAAUGGCUCUCUUGUGAUCACAGGCAAGAGCGGAGAACGCAUUCUGGGUCCAGUGUGUGGGAAGCUUGAUGCAUCGCAGAAGAAUGUGACCCUCACAAGCAAUGAAGUGAUAAUAACCUUCAGAUCAGGCCCACACCGCUCUGGACGGGGGUUUCUUCUGUCCUAUGCCACAGACCAGUAUCCAGAUCUUAUUUCUUGUUUACAACGAGGAUCUCAUUCCAGCUCGCAGCUUUUGAGCGUGUACUGCCCUGCUGGGUGUAAGAAUGUCACAGGAGAUGUUUGGGGAAACUCCGAACAGGGUUACAGAGAUACCUCAGUCCUCUGCAAGUCUGCAGUCCACGCUGGAGCUGCAUCUGACAGCCUGGGAGGUCGUGUCACUGUGAGCCGCGGGAGAAGUCUUACACUUUAUGAAUCCACCUUCGCAAAUGGAAUCCUUUCAAAAACGGGAUCAUUAUCUGAAAAGAAGCUGCUCUUCAGCCAAGAUUGCAACAACAUCCUGAGUGUGUCUGGUUUAAACGCCUCAUCUUUCUGGGAUAAAAACAGCCAAGAGCACGCAGUGUUCUGGUCCUCCAGAAACAUGGAUUCUAGCCAUGAGUUCCUGCCCUGGACAGCAGACAGUCACGAUCUGAACCCGUGGGUGGAGCUGGGGCUGAGUGAUAGAAGCAUCAUCACAGGAAUAAUAUUAACGGGAUCACACGAUUACUACAUAGAAUCAUACAGUGUUUUUUUCAGCAAGGACAGAAAAACUUGGAAGCUUUACAAAGAUGCUCUCAGCAGAGAAAAAAAGGUGUUUCAGGCCUACACUGAUGGCCACCUCAGGGUUCUGAACAGCUUUCUCCCUCCUGUGGUGGCUCGGUUUGUCCGGCUACAGCCACUGAGCUGGCAUGGCCGAGCUUCGGCUCAGGUGCAAGUUCUGGGCUGUCCCGCAGCCAAGAUGACACCAAGGUCACGCCCAGCCGCUGCAGAAUUUCCAUCCAUCAAAGUUAACAUUGGUACACCAGAGCCAAGCCCCACUCCGACCCCCACAGAGGGCCCAGUGUUAGUGGAGACCAGACUGAGCUCCAGUCAGCCAGUAAUAGUGGCAGUGGGUGUGGUGCUGGGCCUGAUAAUGUGCGGCAGUUGUUUGAUGGCGGGAGUCUGGUGGAAGAGAAGGAAAAAAGAUUCACAAAUGAAGUACUCCUUACCCACAAUAGGCUGCCAGAGUUUCCAGGCAAAGAGUCUUUCCUGCCCUCAGUCGGAGCUUAUCUCUUACCCUCUGGAGCGAAAUGUCCAUGAUGCUCUACCAAACCCUCCUCUUAAUGACUAUGCAGAGCCUGCUGUUGCAGCUAUUGGACAGAAGGUUGGGUCAACAUUCAGACCCGCCUCAGAUGAGGGCUACACCACCCCCUUCGCCCUCAGCCAUUAUGACACUCCUGGCAAUCUUCCAGAGUACGCCGAGCCUCUUCCCCCGGAGCCUGAGUAUGCCACCCCGUUCAGCGAGCAGCCCUCUGAGUCCAGCCACCCAACUUUGACAGGGAUCGUUCACAGCAACACACAUGGAGCUCUAGCACCUAACGCUGGUGCCAGAACAUCAAACCACACUAAGUAUGACUGCCCCUCACACAGGAUGUUAUCCAACGGCUACUGCACUCCUGCUGUACAUGCCAAUGGCCCGCGGCCGGUCAGUGUGGUCUAUGCUGAGCCCAAGUCAUGUGACUCUUUACCACAGAAGCACACAUAUGAGGAGCCUUUGUGAUCACAGCAAGCUCAGACAUGCAGAAAAUGAGACUCUCUUGAGCUGAGCUGGGACCAGAGGACAGCUUAGGGUGAUCUCAGGUGGACGCUAAGCUGGACAGUGCUGUCCACAGAGUACUAACGCUGACUGAGUGACGUACCCAAAGUUGAGAAGUCACUUUGGACCACGACGCACGUACGAGGGUACGCGACUCACAAUGAUCUGAGAGCCAUACGGACCAAGUAUUUCCUUCCAGGAAGUGUGUAGUUGUACAGCGGAAAUGUCCUGUGAUGCACAAAGAAAAUACAGGUUCAGUCGUGUCUCAGAGAUACUGUUUAUUGAAAUGUUUAAUCACAAGCUGCACUUUCAGAAAACACAUACAGCGAUGUAUGCUUCAUUGUAUUUAACAGGUUAAUGCAAAGAAGUGGUGUGAAUGUGUUACUUGUCCUCACAAAACAUUGUACUCACAAUGUAUAAUUUCAACAUGUUUUGUUUAAAAAAAGAAGCACUAUAAAUGGUACACUGUAACAAAGUGAUUAAGAUUGUUGCUAUGAUUAUGUGUAACCACUAGGUGGCUCUCUUGAGCUUUAAACAGUAAUGGAUUGAGUCUUUGCUGGUUCUCACGCCUCAGAUAGUUUCAGCUAUUUAUAACAUAGUAACAAAGAAACAUUGGUUUAAAAUAAAUGCUUGGGUUGCAGUUUAACACAGAAAGGCACAGCAGGCACAGCGGUGGACUAUCCUUUACAUGGAUGAACGCUCCGGUCAACACAAACAUUAAAACAUUAAAAAACAUUUCUAGUGCAUGGCCUUGUUACUUGUCAGGCUUUGCCACGGCAACAGCAACUUCAUUUCAAUGAACUCUGUGCUCUUUAAUUUUCCAUCUAAAGUCCAUUGGGUUCUUUAAUUUUUGUCUGGAAAGUAUAGGUCUUAAACAGAUUAAAUUACUUCAUUUAAACAAACUGAUGUGACACUGCUGUUGUCCACGCUUAGAGGCAAGGAAGAAGAUAGAAAAUUGUACUUUUUCCUUUUACAUUUUAUAUAAUAAGGACCAGGUGACAGUGUUAGUCCUCCGUUAUAUCUGAAAAUGUUACUAAAACACCCUCAAAAAUGUCAUUUAAUUUUCUACAAAAGCUUUUACAAGAUUUGUGGUGUCACAUUUGGCGAUGAAUUCGCUAACCUUUUCCACUGCUGAAUAAGGCACAAU